UAGGAAACCUCGUGCAACAUAUAAAGAGCCCCAUCAGAUCGUUCAUACUGCUGUGCUUGUUCCACACGAUUUUCUCAUCAAGGGUGCACCCUGCCAAACAUUUUCGAGUAAAGUCUGGAGAGCUGCAGCUGUCCGUUCACGAUGUCUUCUGAUACCUUUUCUCAUCAAGUCCCCAUCAAUGGGACUAUUCAAACAAAAGUUUCACCCGGAAAUCAAACCAACAUAUACUAUAUUCUGGUCUCAAACUUACCAUGGCAAACAUCUUGGCAGCAACUGAAAGACCAUGUACGAACCGUGAGCGCCGUUGAGCGAGUUGAAGUAUUCAACGAGAGUACCUCUGGCUGGGUCUCGGUUCGAGGCCGGGAAAAUUACGAUGCAGCUCUUCGUUUGCUUAAUGGGGGUGUCUUCAACGGUCGGGCACUUCUGGCAGACGGGAAAAAUGCCACAGAACCCAUUAUGAUCAGAGAGCCUGUGGGUGUCUCUGCAACUGGAAACUCCACCUCAAAACCCUCUCAUACGCCGAGGUACAGAACGCCUCCUUCGACACAAUACUCAGCUAGCACACCGCCAUUAAUGUCACCGCUCGCGACGGGAUAUGGGGAGUGGACAUCUCCCGCAAGUCCUUCCACAUACGUAGCUACUUCCUCAAUGGAGUGCACACCUUACAACAUGUCUGUUGCUAUGCCGUAUGAUUAUAACGAGGCGCCUAACUGCUAUACCUACGACACGUCGACUACAAGCUACCUAGACCAAACGGCCAUGGUUUCGUCUCCUCCGAUGGUACAAUAUCCUUAUGAGGCAGCUUACUCACAGCAAUAUCAGAUGGGUGAGUAUCACGGAAACGACUACGCCAUGUAUAGCAAUUUACCCAGCCCGGAAUCUAUAUCAGGGAGACCUAGUGAUUCCUCAAAUGGUAUGGUCCCCACCAAGCAGCGAAAAAUAAUCGUGAAACAGCUCCAACCUUGGAUCACCUUCAACCAGGUACAAGAUCUCAUCCGAAAGAAAGCCGGAUCCGAUGCUGAUAAAAUUCAGCAUGUUGACCUACCACUAACGGAAGGCCAAGAAUCGAAUAGAGGCUAUGCUCUAGUCACAUUUCAAAACGAAGAAGUGGCUAAUAAGCUGGUUCGGCGGCUUAACGGAUACAAGUGCGACGGCCGUGAACUAAAGGUUGACUAUACCAAAGAGGGAGUAUCAGAAAAUGAGAUCGUCCACUCCCGGACCUCUGGGCAUAAGGAGAGACGGGACGACCGAGAGAAAAGGGACAAGAAGGAUAUUCCUCGGGGGUUGAGUUCUAGCGAUAAAAAGAGCAAAUCCCAUAAAUCCGGUGUCGUUAUUGCCCAUGGGUCUUCGUCAUCGUCUUCGAAGAAGUCGGACGUGAAGGAGAAGUCAAGCAAGCGGCAUUAGACCAACACCACAGUUUCCUCAAGCUAAGCCACGAUGAUUUAGGCUGGAAGGGUUACACCGGGAUUAAGCGAUGGUUUUUCGUGUUCCGUAUUAGCUAUAAUCUGCGGAAUUCUGUUAUUGGCUUUCUUCUGUUGGCUCCUGGAUAUGGAAGGCGGUUCCCUGUUGGCUGGUAUACGUGGUGGUUCAACCGUCGCUACCGUAAAUGUAACUACGCACUUGUAGAUGUCCAUAUGAAAAUAUCAGGCCACCCGUGGCCAUGUCUGAUAGGAAGCCCGAAACUCAUC